AUGGCUACGCAGCGCGUCUCCUCCCACCUCGCCGCCGCUCUCCUCCUCACCUCCCUCCUCGCGCCGCUGGCUGUCGCCCAACCGUGGCCUGUGUGCCGGAAAGAUGCAUUCUACACGACGGGCAGUACAUACCAGUUGAACCUCGACCGGCUGUCGGCCACCCUCCCGACCAACGCCUCACGGUCCCUUUUCGCCACGGCCGCGGUGGGCGCUGCCCCGGCGGACACCGUCUACGCCCUCGCGCUCUGCCGCGGCGACUCCAACGGGUCCGCCUGCGAGUCCUGCGUCGCCGCGGCCUUCCCGGAGGCGCAGCAGCUGUGCGGCCUCGACGAGGACGUGGCCGUCUUCUACGACGACUGCAGCCUCCGCUACUCCGGCCAUGACUUGCUCGCCAACGACACAAGCAGGGUCAACCUCACCAUGAUAAUCAACCAGGCGAACGUCAGUGCACCAGCGGUGAAGGAGUUCGACGCCGCCGUCAGCGUGCUGCUCAACGCCACCAGCGAUUACGCCGCUAUGAACUCGUCGCGGCGGUUCGCCACGGGGGAGGACGCGGGCUCCGGCGGCGGCGGCGGCACCAGCAGCAGCUACUACCCGGCCACCAUCUACGGGCUGGCGCAGUGCACGCCGGACAUGUCGCCGGCGGACUGCCGAAGCUGCCUCCACGACAUGAUUGCCUUGACGCCGCAGUAUCUCAGCGGGCGGCAGGGCGGGAGGAUCAUCGGGGUGCGCUGCAAUUUUAGGUACGAGCUGAAUAAAUUCUUCAACGGAAACCCGACGCUCCGGCUGCAGACGCCAUUCGGGCGGGCGCCGGCGCCGGAUAACGCGACGCCUACUACGGUGACUCCAGGAGGAAGAAAGAGGAACAGAAUGAAGAUUGUUCUAGCAAUUACAUUGCCUUUAGUUGCUUUAAUGCUUGCUGUCACUAUAUUUUGUCUCUGCUUUUGGAGGGGAGGACCAGAAAGAGAGCAUGCACCACCUUAUUCAACUAAACCUGAGGACAUUGAAGGCAUUGGUUCACUUCUUCUUGAUCUAUCAACAGUACGUGCAGCAACUGAUAACUUUGCUGACAGCAACUGGAUUGGUGAAGGUGGUUUUGGAGCAGUUUAUAAGGGUGUACUUCCUGAUGGCCAACAAAUAGCCGUGAAAAGAUUCUCAUGUAGUUCAGGGCAAGGAAUACAAGAGCUGAAAAACGAGCUUGUUUUGGUUUCCAAACUUCAACACAAGAAUCUUGCUAGGCUUGUUGGUGUUUGCUUACAAGAACAUGAGAAACUCCUCGUGUAUGAAUACAUGCCCAAAAGAAGCAUCGACACAAUUCUCUUUGAUCCUGAGAAAAGUAAGGAGCUAGAUUGGGGAAGGAGAUUGAAGAUAAUAAAAGGAAUUGCUCGGGGCUUAAAUUAUCUUCAUGAAGAUUCCCAAUUGAAGAUUAUCCACCGAGACCUAAAAGCAAGCAACAUCCUUUUAGACUCUGACUAUACACCCAAAAUUUCAGACUUUGGCCUGGCUAGGUUAUUUGGAGGGGAUCAAUCGCAGGAGGCUACAAAAUCUGUAGUUGGAACAUAUGGAUACAUGGCACCAGAAUAUGCCAUGCUUGGUCACUAUUCUAUAAAGUCAGAUGUCUUCAGCUUUGGCGUCUUGAUUUUAGAAAUAUUAACCGGAAGAAGAAGCAGUGGCUCCUAUAACUUAGAUGAAUCUGCUGAUCUCAUAAGUCUUGUGUGGGACCAUUGGACUGCGGGAACAAUUGUCGAGAUCAUGGAUUCAUCUCUGAGAGGCCACGCUCCUGGAGACCAGAUGGUUGCUUGUGAGUCCAUGCUUAUCACCGACUGGAACAAGGUUGCCAAGAAGCUCUUGAUGGGCAACCAUGUGGUUAUUCUUGUAGAGAGUGUGGUCAUGAAUCAUGAAAUAUUUUAG